UCGUCAUAAUCACAACCACCGGCACCAUCAUCACAACCACCAACCCCAUCGCGUCUCCCUCUGCUCCACCCCCUAGCGCGCGUAUAAAGGCACGAGGUGCUUGUCUCCUGCCCAGCACCCAGUGUUUGUCCCCUGCUAUCUCCUGGUGAAUCUGCUGCGCAGCCGUCCCUCCCUUUGGCCGCCGCAUCUCUCAGUGACGAACCUCCCCGUGGAUUCUCUGCGCGCGCGUCUCCGCUUCGCCAUGGCUCUCCGAGGCUACCUGCUCCUGCUGCUGGUUAUGCUGUCCGUGUGCCUGGAAUUCGCUGCCUCCCAGAACGAGGUUCCAGGAACGACGCAGGAGUUGGACUGCGAGCGUUACUCACGACGCUGCACGCGGAACUACCUCCCCGUGUGCGGCACGGACGGGAAGACCUACCCCAACAGCUGCAUGCUCUGCUACAUGAACUGGCUGUACUCUACGAAGGUGAGCAUGGCACACGAGGGGCUGUGUUGAACGCAGCGACCCGGAUUCAAACCCUAAUCCUGGCAAGAUCCGGGGUCGGAGGAGCCAUCGUGGAGAUCAGCGUCCUGCAUCGGCCGAAACCGCCUUCUGCCAGAGCCGAUCGUCGUCGUUAUAUUUGUCUAAUUAUAGUUGACAUUAUUACGUGAAUGUAACCUCACAAUAGAUCCAUGUGUGUGCAUCUGACGAUUGUGGAUAUAGUUUAAAACAAAAUAAUCACUCGGGGCGUUGUGGAGAAUAUAACAAAAACAAAUAAGCAGACAAUAUGCCCUUAGCUGUGUCUCCACAUAAACAAAUAAAAAUGUUUUACACAUCACGUCGGCCAUGCGGCUCUUCCUUCUGGGAGCGCAACAUUUCAACAGCAUUGGUUCAACACAAGCAAAACUCUGGACCGGUUUCGACAUUUAAUCAGCAGUCAGGCUUGGUUUGAACCAUUGCCGGUGAACUGGCAGAUGCUUCUAGGUACUGACCCCCACACACCCAACUCACCCUCUGUUAGAUGUUUGACGCAAAGUUAUAUCACGCAUUAUGCACAUUAUUUGCGUAUUUAUUUUAUUAUUUAAAAUAAAUGCAUUCAUUAACGAAGACAUGGACCCAAAGCAAACGGCUCUUAUCUUGGAGCUACAUACCUCGGCUGUGUGUACGAGGCUGUCCAACCUCCACUUAGCUUAAUAAUAAGAAAAAAAAUAAUGAAUUUAAAGUUAGCGCCAGGCAUGCCGCUAUUGCGCUCUGGUAGCAUUACCGUGACGUUGCUCGUACAUAAACGCAUUUCAUCCUUCGUACGUUGGGAAGUCGGAUGGGCAACGUUGAUGCGCUCAUGUUAAAGUUGGUGAGUGAACCUGGUGAAUAUCUGAAACACCGCUGCCAGUGAAUGCUCGAUGCGGGCAGUAGCAUUGUUGUGCGUGCCACAGUUGAGGUUGUCGACUCGCAAGGAGAGUGAUAGACCCGCAAUGAUGCCCACGGACCGGCACACAAACCCCCCCCGUGACUCUCCGAGUAAUGGAAGCGGGCAGUGAUGUUUCCGUGCUCCAGCGUUUGAGAUCGGUGACCGCAGUCAAAGUGUGCUGUUGUUGUCCUUUCGCGUCGGGGAUGUGAUGUUUACGGGCGGCAUCAUUGAAAAUAAAUUGAAAGUAUUUCCUUUU